CACGUGUAAGUAACACAUGUCCUAGUUGAUUAGGGAGAGCAGAGAGUCCACAGCUCUUUUUAAUUGCCGUGUCAUCUUGCCAAACCUGACACUGCUCUGUCGGUUCUGCGGUCAUGAGGACUUUUCUGCUAGCUUUGGUUAUGCUACUGUUCCUGUUCCAGGCCAUUCCAGGCAACGCCGAAAGAUGUUGGAAUGAGCGUGGCUCCUGCCGUGAAAAAUGUGGAAAGAAGGAACUGUUUUUCGUGUUCUGUGUGAGUGGUAAAGCGUGCUGUGUGAAGCCCAAGUACAAGCCAAAUAUACCACAGAAGUGAGCUGUGUUUUCAAGUCCAAGACCACAGACAUGAAGACAAACCUGUCCAGAGUCUGGCCUCAGUAGAUUUCUGAGCUUAAUUAAAAUACGUUUGGCUGAUGA